AUGUCGACAAUGGUUAUUGAUAACGAUGUUGACACAGCCAUUAGGGCCUCAAGAAGUAGAAAAACCUCUGAGGCCGACAAUGUUACCUACGAGGUCAUCAAAGAAGGUUAUAGUGUAUUAAGUCCUAAUAUGAGGAAACUGUAUCAGGCGUGUAUACUUAUUAAACAUCGUGAAAUAAUGAAGUUAGAUAUUAUUCGAAGAAAAUUAUCACAAGUUUUUAAACGUUUAGGAUCGUUGAUUGGAAGACAUCCAUACUUCUUCAUAAUCAUUCCCAUAUUAAUUUCACUUGCCUCAAUAGCCGGAAUCUUUAAGCUUCGUUAUAAAAGAAAUGUAAUCAAUAGUCUAAAAGCCGAUAGCGGCCACUUGAUUUCUACAGAAAAAUUUCUUGAAGAAACCUGGAAGACUGCAUCAGUUUCUGAUGAAAUAAGAUUUACACAAGUUCCUGAUGGAGUAAUGUUAUUCAUUAUAAAUAGAAAUAGAGGAGAAAAUAUGCUAGAAAAAAAAAUUCUUCAUGAAUUACAAGUAGUUGAUUCAAUAGUUAAAAAUUGCACCAUCGAAAUGUUCAAUCGAACAAUUGGAUAUGGUGAUAUCUGCGCUAAAGUGCGUAACAAAUGCUACGAAAACCCAUUUUUCGAAAUUAUGUAUGAUGCGGAUAACUUCUUAACUGAGAAGAGAAAGUUCAAAUAUCCGGUUGACAUUGACAAUCUGACCUAUUCUUAUCACAUAUACGUCAUGAGUUUGGGAGGUGUUACGAUAGACGGAAAUGACUACGUGAAACGUGUUCAAGCCGUCCGAUUGCUUUACCUGAUUGACAGAACUGAUAAAGUAAACAUUCAGUUUGGAGAUAGUUGGGUGGCCGAAGUGUAUCAAAGGAUACAAAAUUAUAAUUUCCAAUAUAUCAAACCAUUUAUCAAUGCACUUUGGUUAAUAGAAAACGACAUUAAAACAUAUCUUUACGAUUUAAGAUACAUAAUAGCAGCCUGUGUAUCGUUUAUUUGUGUUUUUUCGAUGACGACACUCAUGAGUCACAAUAUUCUAAGAAGCAAACCUUGGAUGGGAUUAGCCUGUGUUUUCUCUGCUGGAAUGGCAAUCGUCACUUCCUUCGGAAUACUGGGAUAUUGCGGAAUGGAGAACGCUUACACUAAUAUAUGUAUUCCAUUCUUGGUGCUAGUUACCGAAGUGGAUGACAGUUUCGUGCUGAUUGCCAGUUGGAGGAUUACUGAUUCCGAAAAAUGUGUAGAAAAGCGAAUGGCAGACACGUUUGCUGCAGCAGGGGUGUCAAUCACCUUGACGUCAAUUACUAAUUUGUUUUCGUAUUUUGUUGGAAUGACAGCACCAAUUGUUGUUGUUAAGAUCUUUUGCAUUUACUGUGCAACCUGCAUAUUCUUCACUUACGUAUUUCAAAUAACCUUCUUCGCUGGAUGUAUGGCGUUGAGCGGGUACAGAGAAGAGAAAGGUCUUCAUCCGAUUACCUUCAAGGCGUAUGCACAUCAAGAAGAAGAUUUUCAAAGAAUCGAAAAAAAUGAAGAAUGUUUAAUGAGAAUAAUUAGAGAUAAACUAGGAGACAUUCUUUACUAUACGCCAACGAAAGCGAUUGUAUUGAUUUUGUAUUUAAUCAAUUUAGGGUGUGGAUGCUUCGGAAUGUUUUUUAUAAAACAAGGAUUAGAAUAUCAGAAAAUGUAUCCAUCUGAUUCAGAAAUGUAUCAAGGUUCUCGAAUGUAUUACGAAUACUUUACCGAAUACACUUUUCCUGUUCACAUAAUCAUUAACAAAACACUCGAUUAUUCAGACAAAAACGUUCAGAAAUCGGUGGAAAAUCUCCUUAGAAGAUUUGAAUCUCAUCCUCACGUUGCCGAUUCUCGCUUUACUGUUUCCUGGCUGAAAUAUUACAAAGAAGUUCAGAAAAAUCCAAUUGCAAAAUACGCAUUUACAGGUUAUAACAUGUCGAACAAAGAUGAUUUCAUGGAAGGACUUCGAGUUUUCUUACGAUUUAAACCAGCCGAGCAAUUUUCAAAUGAUUUGGUAUUCAGCCCGGAUGGAUCCGAGAUUACCUGCAGUCGAUUUUUUGUUGUCACGAAAAAUAUACGUAACAGAGAAAUUGAAAUUGCUACAAUGAAUGAUUUUUUUAAAAUUGCAGAUGAAGCAUCUUUCCCGGUUAUUGUUCAUUCUAUAAUUGCAAGUUUAGUAGAACAAGGACUAAUCAUCGACGGCUUGGCCAAACAACUGUUUUGGAUGACUGGGUUAUUGAUCGCAAUUGUUUUUUUCAGUGUGAUUCCGAACAUCUUCUGUUCUCUUGUAGUGGCAGUUUGCGUUGUUUCUACCACGAUAGAAACAUUAGGUUACAUGAGCUUGUGGGGAAUUAACUUAGAUAUAAUAUCUUUGACGAGUUUGAUUCUGUGCGUCGGAUUUUGCGUUAAUUAUCCGGCUCAUAUUGCGUAUGCUUUUGUGACGUCAAAUUGCAAAACGUCGAAGGAUAGGAUGAAAGAUUCGUUGUAUCAUGUUGGCUUUCCUAUAAUUCAAGGAACUUUUUCGACUGUUAUAGGAAUACUUUUCAUAUAUAAAGAUUCGUACGGAGUACUUACAUUUCUGAAAGUUGUAUGUUUAAUCACUAUGGAAACUGCUUUUCAUGCAUUAUUUUUUACUCCAGUUGUUCUUUCGUUCUUACAUUCUCGCCUUUGUUUCAAACAAAAAGCAAAUUUCACAGAAGUAACAGAGAGAUUUGUUGAAUUAAAUAUGAAUCAGGAAUAA